GCUAUGGCUUCAUUACAGACAAACAUCCAGAAGGAUGUGACCUGUCCCAUCUGCCUGGAGCUCCUGACAGAACCUCUGAGCCUACUCUGUGGCCAUAGCUUCUGCCAAGCCUGCAUCACUGAGAAGAAUGUGGAGUCAUUGACCAUCAGCCCAGGAGGAAAAAGAAGCUGCCCUGUGUGCCAUACCCCCUACCAGCCUGGAAACCUAUGGCCUAAUCAGCAUCUGGCCAACAUAGUGAAGAGAUUCAGGGAGGUCAAGUUGAGCUCACAGAAGGAGCAAAUGAAUGAUCUCUGUGUGCACCAUGGAGAAAAACUCCUGUUCUUCUGUAAAAAUGAUGAGAAGAUCAUUUGCUGUCUUUGUGUGCGAUCUCAAGAACACCAUGGUCACCAAACACUCCUUGUUGAAGAGGUGACCAAAGAAUGUCAGGAGAAGCUCCAGAAGACUCUCAGGAGGCUGAGGAAGGAGCAGCAGGAAGCUGAGACGUUGGAAGCUCACAUCACAGAAGAGAAAAAUUCUUGGAAGCAUCAGACACAGGCUGAGAGACAAAGGAUUCUGGCAACGUUUAAGGACUUGCAUGACAUCCUGGACAAUGAUAAGGAAAGGGAGCUGCAAAAGCUGGAGAAAGAAGAAGUGAAUGUUCUGGAUAACCUGGCAGCAGCCAAGUACCAGCUGGAGCAGCAGCAUGAAGGGCUGAGCAAGCUCAUCUCAGAUGUGGAGCGAUGGAUGGGGGGGUCAUCACUAACGAUGCUUCAGGAUAUGAUGGACUUUAUGAGAAGGAGUGAGAAAUGGACCCUGAAGAAGCCAAAAAUCAUUUCCAAGAAACUGAAGAGUGAUUUCCGAGCUCCAGAUUUGAAGGAGAUUCUGCGAGUGUUUAGAGAGCUGACAGAUGUCCAAUGCUACUGGGUGAAUGUGACACUGAAUCCAGUCAAUGCUCCUUCGAAUGUUGUUGUGUCUGCAGAUAAGAGAGAAGUGGCAGUUGAGCACAUUUGCAGCUUUAGAAAUUCAAAUCAACCUGAUUUUUCUGCUUUUGAUGUUUUGGGCUGCCAAUAUUUCUCCUCAGGAAAACAUUACUGGGAGGUAGAUGUGUCCAAGAAGAUAGCCUGGAUCUUAGGGGUAUACUGUAGAAUGAAUAACUCCAGUAAAAGAAGGCCCUUUUUGUUUGCUUUUGGCCCAAAUGUAAAUCGUCAAAACAUUUAUGCCAGAUACAGACCACGAUGUGGCUACUGGGUUAUAGGAUUAAGGGAUCAAUUUGAAUAUAAUGCUUUUGAGGACUCUUCUUCCUCAGAUGUCCGGAUUUUGACUCUCUCCCCGGCUGUACCUCCUCAUCGGGUUGGGGUUUUCUUAGACUAUGAGGCAGGCACUGUGUCAUUUUUCAAUGUCACAAAUCAUGGGUCACUCAUUUACAAGUACUCUCAGUGUUGUUUUUGUCAGAGUGUGUAUCCAUAUUUCAAUCCUUGCAACUGCCCAGCCCCCAUGACCUUGUGUCCACCAAACUCCUGA